GGACCGUUUUGCCGACGUACACGACAUAACCGGAAGUGUGCGGGAAGGUCUUUUAGUAUGUUGCACUUAUAACGUAAGUUUUUUGUGCUAUAGUGGAUAUGAGCUCAGUUUAAGAUCGAAGUUGUCGUUCGUGACUAGUUGUUGUUCGUGAUGGAUAACAAGAGAAGAGACAAAAAGUCUCCUGUUCGCGAUGGCAAGAUAAAAAUUAAACAGGAAAAAGUCAGUCCUGCUAGGCCGCAGAGAUCGCGCCGCUCGAGUUCGGGCUCAAACCGCAGCAGUACAAGUCCUCCGCCGAGGAGACGGGAGCACAGAUCGCCCGUCAGGGAGAAAGACAGAUCCCCUGGAAGAAGAGACCGCUUGUCGGGUCGACACGGGGACAGAUCAGCCCGAGACAGGAGGAGUCGGAGUCCACACCACGGAGCUGAUAAUAAGAUAAAGCGGGAAAAAGAGGAGCGUAAUGAAAGGGGAAAUAUCUUGGAUGAGCGACGCGUGAAAAGGGAAGAACAGCGGCAUCCCCAACGAGAACGUGAAAGAGGCCAGGAGCGGCACAGAGAGUGGGAUGCACAACAGUACCAGCAGCAGCAAGGAGAAAGGGAGCAGCACAACGAGCGUCGCCGAGAAAACCGUCAGAGGCAGGAGGCAAGAGAUGGAAAUGAGCCACAUGCCUUUGCUGGUGGAGAGGAAGAGGAGGAGGCCCCUGCUGCUGAGAAAGAGAAGCCCAGCUUUGAACUCUCAGGUGCUCUGGUGGAAGACACCAACACGUUCAGAGGGGUGGUUAUCAAGUAUAACGAGCCUCCUGAGGCCAGAAUCCCUAAAAGGAGAUGGCGAUUGUACCCCUUCAAAAAUGACGAGCCACUUCCGGUGAUGUACAUCCACCGGCAGAGCGCUUAUCUGCUUGGAAGGCAAAGGAAGAUAGCAGACAUACCUAUUGACCACCCGUCCUGUUCCAAACAGCAUGCUGUAUUCCAGUACAGAUUAGUGGAGUUCACACGAGCAGACGGCACCACAGGCAGGAGAGUGAAGCCCUACAUCAUUGACCUCGGUUCAGGUAACGGCACGUACCUAAACAACCAGCGUAUAGAACCACAGCGCUACUAUGAACUCAAAGAGAAGGACGUGCUGAAGUUUGGCUUCAGUAGCCGUGAGUACGUGCUCCUGCAUGAGUCUUCGGACACAGCAGAGGUCGACGCUAAGAAGGAUGAGGAUGAAGAGGAUGAAGGCCUUGAGGAAUAGUCACUGCUCAGUUUACCAAAGUAUUUUUGUUUUAAUAUACUUUUAUAAACAGCUCUGACUGUACAGUCUUGAUCGCUGUGAUGGACCCAGAUGUUGAUCGGCUUUUUGGUUUUGAUGUGACCAUUAUUUUGUGAAUGUGGUUUAUCAAACAAUACACUGAUGGGCAUUGGUCUGACUGCUUUCUGUGUAUAAAUCUAUUCUCAGGUGGGCAGCAUGAGUGUCGUAUCAGAUGGCUUUGUGUUGUCUGGUACUGCCCAGUGUAGUCCCUUUAUCCCAAGUGCUCAAUGCCAGAACAAAAUAUAUAUAUAUAUA